CCCACACGCCAAGGCAGAGCCCAGCAAGUAGACCCAGGCAGAAGCUGCCUGGCACAGGGGCCCUCCAGACAUGGCCCGGGACUGCCUCUACCCCCUGCCCAGUGGCUGUGUGGGCAUGAAGACGGCCUAGAAGCCUCCUGAGUCCAUGGAGACAGUGGCCCCCGCUGUGGACCUGGUGCUGGGCGCCUCAGCCUGUUGCCUGGCUUGUGUCUUCACCAACCCCCUGGAGGUGGUGAAGACACGCAUGCAGCUGCAAGGAGAGCUGCAGGCCCCGGGCACCUACCAUCGCCCUUACCGGGGCUUGGUGGCGUCCACAGUUGCGGUGGCCCGUGCAGACGGGUGGUGGGGCCUGCAGAAGGGGCUGGCCGCCGGCCUGCUCUACCAGGGCCUCAUGAACAGCGUCCGCUUCUACUGCUAUGGCCUUGCGGGCCAGGCUGGCCUCACCCAGAGGCCAGGAGGCACCGUGGUUGCAGGGGCCGUGGCCGGCGCGCUGGGAGCCUUUGUGGCCAGUCCUGCCUACCUGGUCAAAACACAGCUGCAGGCCCAGACGGUGGCUGCAAUGGCCGUGGGACACCAGCACCAUCACCAGAGCAUCCUGGGGGCCUUAGAGACCAUCUGGCGACAGCAGGGCCUGGCAGGGCUGUGGCGGGGCGUGGGAGGCGCCGUGCCCCGAGUCAUGGUUGGCUCAGCUGCCCAGCUGGCCACCUUCACCUCUGCCAAGGCCUGGGUGCAAGAUCAGCAGUGGCUCCCCGAGGACAGCUGGCUGGUGGCCCUGACAGGAGGCAUGAUCAGCAGUGUUGCCGUGGCUGCCGUCAUGACCCCGUUCGACGUGACCAGCACCCGUCUGUACAACCAGCCUGUGGAUGGAGCAGGCAGGGGGCAGCUGUAUGCAGGCCUGACUGACUGCCUGCUGAAGAUCUGGAAGCAGGAAGGACCCCUGGCACUCUAUAAGGGCCUGGGCCCUGCCUACCUGCGCCUGGGCCCCCACACCAUCCUCAGCAUGCUUUUCUGGGACGAGCUCCGGAAACUGGCUGGACGGAGCCAGCGCCAGAACCUGUAGGCACUGUCCCUCACCUUGGCAUCCUGAUGCCACGAGGACUUGCAAGGAACCCGUGAACCACUCCAGCCAGGAAUGGCUGCCCCGGCACCCGGCCCAGGCCCAGGCCCAGGCCCAGGUCCUGCUAAAGCUGCAGGAGCCCGUGGACAGCUCUGGUCCACCCAGCCUCCAUGUUCCCGCAGGACCAGAGCAUCCGCCCUGAAUGUACCUCCCUCUGCUCGUCAGAAAGCUCUCGCCCCACUCCAUGCUGGACCCACUUCCCAGAGGCUUACUCAUGGCUGUAACUGCUCCCGGUGUGAGCAUCACAGGGAGACAGGUCACUUCUGUGUCGUGAGACAGGAGAAAUCCUUCCCUUACUGAUGAGAAGAAACAGGUGUGAGCGAGGAGACAGCAUCAUGGUUAUGUAAAGAUACACUAGGGGGGAGUCGGGUGGUAAUGCAGCGGGUUAAGCGCACGUGGCGUGAAGCACAAGGACCGGUGUAAGGAUCCCGGUUCGAGCCCCCGGCUCCCCACCUGCAGGGGGGUCGCUUCACAGGCAGUAAAGCAGGUCUGCAGGUGUCUGUCUUUUUCUCCCACUCUCUGUCUUCCCCUCCUUUCUCCAUUUCUCUCUAUCCAACAACGACAUCAAUAACAACAAUAACUACAACAACAACAAUAAAAAAGGGCAACAAAAGGGAAAAUAAAUAAAUAAAUAAAUAAAAAAAAAAAAAAAA